CCCAUCCAGUCAGCCCAGCAACUUAUCGUAUUUCACUUCCCACAGCAGUUAAAGUACCGCAAUAGUCAUGGAACUUUUCUAUCGAUUCGUUGGAGGAGGAUGGUGACAGUGUUUCUGAAGUGGCCGGAAGGAACAGUUGCAGGGAUCGUGGUCAAACCAGGAGAACAGUAGCCGCUGACCAACAUGGCAAAGUUCAAUUUACUUUUAGCCAAGGCAAUCCUUGCUCGGAUUAUGUUCAUCUUGCAUGCAUUAGUGUGCAUGUUUCGAGUGCAUACGCAGAAUCAUGAAUUGGUUUAUUUCGUCCUUCUCGUUCCCUUGGUCAUCCUGCUCAUUGAAGCCUACUUCACUUUGAAACUCAAACAUGGUGAAUGGAAGUGGUUUUGUCCCAGUGUGUUCCUCUACCUAAGCAGUGUGAUACCAGCCAUGUGGUUCGUGGAACUGGACCUGUACGAUCUCCGCCUCAGCCACCUCAAUGGUACAAAUCAUUCCGACCAAUUCACCUCGCCAGACGGCAAUCAUCAAGCUCAGGCUCUAAAUAUAGAAGGGUGGUUGAUUCCCGUGAGUUUUUCACCAGAGGGCUGGGCCAAAGUUUUAGAACAGUUACUUCUGCUCAUUCUCAUCGUUGGUCGAUGGAUGUUGCCAAAAGGAAAGAUAACACGUGACCAGUUAUCUCAACUGCUAUUGGUCUAUAUCGGAAUGGCGGCGGAUAUUUUAGAAUUGUUUGAGGCAUUUAAAGAGGAAGCUGUAAUGACCAAUAUGAACUUGACGGUUUGGAUUUUAGGAUGCUGGUCUGUCAGUGUACUACAAUUCUCUCUUGUAAUAACAUCAGUGAGGCAAUUCAAGAAGACAGCAAAAUGCCAAAUACCACAUUGCUACUGCUUUGAGACAGAAAUCUGGGCAAUAAUUACAACGUGCAUUAUGCAAGAUAUACCAUUCCUCGUCCUACGGAUGACUCUUAUUGUCAGGUACAAAGUUCUUAGUUAUAUGAAUAUAUUUUUCACUUGCAAAAACUGGUUGGUGACUCUUCUGCAGCUUUACCGUGUGUUCACGUUGUGCCACGAGAGAAAGACAAAAUCGAAAAUACCGCGCAGGCGGCGCAAUGUGAGUAUGCGGUACACGAAAUCUGGCGUAACAUUGACCUGUGACAAUGAAUCACAGACUACACCUAAACUCGAGUUUGACGCCUGGCCAUACGGACAAGACCCUCUCGUUAUUUUGCCCGCAGUGGUGGACUCGAUCAUCUUGGAUGAAACUCGGGAGACUAUUUACAAUGAUCAGGAUGACUUACCAAUAACACCCAUCCUCAGGCCGAAAUACGAAGAGUCUAACUCAAUGGAGCCUAUCCUAAGGCCAAGGUAUGACACGUCUCACUCUAUGGAGAACUCAAUUGGCAGUACCCAUGCCUAUGAGCGCCCUGUAGCACGAUUGAGCCAUGGCAGUUCCAGCGGAAACGAGGAGGGUAUGCAGCCCCCCAAGUCCCCAGCGCCACUAGCGACAAUAGCAUCUCUGGAUAACCUGAGUAGGGGACUUUCGCUAGACAGUCCGACCCAAGGAUGUGAGGUCGAUGAUUAUCACCAUGUAUUCCUUCUAGAGUCAUAGUAUCGCUAGUUCUUAGGUAAUAAACAAGUCAUUAUUAUUAACACUAUGUACUAAGUAAUCAACGCAUGCAUCUAACACGCCUUGGCUAUGUCUGUAGUAUUUAAUCCGUUAUUAGUUACACCUACAUUGUAUCAACGUAUAGACAAACCCGUCAUCAUCUUUGGCGAAAAUCAAUCCACUGUCAAAAAUACUACUAACAAAGAAUUGAAGUCGGAGCAAACGCAGUGAUAUCGUGAUCGCUGAUAUGAAUUUCAGUUUGUCUCCGACAAGGGCUUUUUAAUUUCUUCACUGUUGUCCAAUAUUGUGAUAAAGCACGUAACCUAUGUUUUAGCAGACCAAUUAAGUUCUAUGAAUCGCUUCGCAUCAUUUCUUUCUCAAUCAUCGUUGAUUAUACGCAAUAAAUUUAUCAAUGAACAUGCAUUUGAGGUCUUGUUUGCAAGCCUCAAUCGGUUAUCAAGCUGUCUGUAUAGAUAUUUGAAAUUAAUUUGUACAUUGUAGUACAUGUAGAUGAUAUAAAAGUCCAAAGUUCAAAUUAGCAAAGAAGCCAU